GUCCGACGACAGCUCACAUCGGCCGGUAUCUCUUCCUCAUCGUACGCGCCGAGCGAUGGAUGCAGACGGGAGAAGCAGCAUGGGCAGCGGCAGCGGCACCAGCAAAAGGCGGCGCAUCGCAAUGGCCUGCCAGGCAUGUCGCACGCGGAAGUCUCGGUGUGAUGGUCGGCGGCCACAAUGCUCAACGUGCGACGAGUUGGAUUUUGAUUGCAUCUACGUGGCGUCCGCAGCAUCUUCGAAUGUGAUCGUAGGGAAACAAUUUUUUGCUGCACUCGAGCAUCGCCUGUCAGAUAUUGAGCAGAGAUUGGACGGCAUCAGCAACGGUCACGAUACAUCGCCGCUGCAGCCGGGUUUCUCUACGAGCCAGGGCAGACAGGCGUGUGUCGCGGACGAAGGGGGCCGUUCCAUCUCCAACCGCCGUUCUGGACUGGUCGCAGUCGACGAUGUAGACGCACAUGAUGGUGCCAACGAAGAUUCGACAGAUGGCAUGGGAGCAAUCGUCUUUACCGAUGAGGAGGAUUCCGGCUUUUUUGGCCCUUCAUCGAACAUCGCUUUCACUCGUCAUUUAUCUCGAGCGGUAGCCCGGCUGUCAUCCACUGACCAUACUUAUCCAACGCCAGGCACCCACGAUGGUGGACUCAUGAGAGUGUCUCGACCCCCGUCACCAUCAAGAACUCAAGACGGCAGGAGCCGAGGCCAUUCAAGAUGGCAAACGUUGAAUCUCUUCGCUUUACCGCCAGAAGACGAAACCCUUGACCUGGUGCAGCGGUAUUUUUCUAAUACGGGUUUGUUGUUUCCUUACGUUCACGAAGAAACCUUUCUAGAGACGUACGGGGCCAUGAAAAGGACCAACUUUACAAAAGUUCGUAAGACAUGGCUGGGGCUCCUGAACAUGGUGUUGGCGCUUGCGACCAGCACAACUGUCUCGAACGCAACCACUGCGGAACAGCGGGCAGAAAUGUCAGAUGUAUAUUAUCAAAGGGCAUUGGGUCUGUGUGAUAAACACGUCUGGCGAGGAGCAAGCAUAGAACUGGUUCAAUAUCUUCUCAUGAUGGGGCAGUAUUUGCAAGGAACUCAGAAGUCUACGCAAACUUGGAAUAUCCAUGGACUAGCCGUUAAGGCUGCUCUACAACUCGGGCUGCAUUCGGCUGAAGCUAGUAAAAAACUGUCACCUAUCGAACAAGAAACCAGUAAACGAUUGUGGUAUGGUUGUGUCAUCUUAGACAGGACACUUAGCAUGACCUUUGGUCGGCCUGCAGCAAUUCCGGACAGCUAUGUCAGAUUGGCAUUGCCGGUUGAUUUUGAUCACAUCGCUCCAGAAACUUCAGCGGAGGAUCCACGAAAGCGGAACAGCACCCUGUUCUUUACCAUGACAAUCACACUUUACAAAGUAAUGUGGAACGUGAUAGACCUCCUAUAUGGGGCCAACAUUGGCUGUGGAGCAUCCGCCAACGUUUUUGAGGUUAUGGCAUCCCUGUUCAAAAUGGAACAGCAGCUUAUGGCGUGGGAGCGUUCUCUACCAGCUAACAUGGCCCUCCGGAAAUCGCAAGAGAUUUCAUCGGAAGAGGACGAUACCGAGCGCUACAGGAUCAUUCUAACUUUACGUUAUCACAACCUCCGUAUUCUGAUUCACCGUCUUGUGGUGGUUCGGUUCCUCGAUACUUGUGGCAAGGCUGACCGUGACGAGCAGGAGCUCGCAUUGCUCCGGCAGAUCGGGUCGAACAGUGUGCAGAUCUGUGUUCACUCAUCACUGGAGAUCAUCUCUAUCGUGAGUACUAUAGUUCACUCGACUGGUGUGCGCCAAGUCUAUCUGGGUGCAUGGUGGUUCUCCCUCUAUUAUGUCUUCAAUGCAGCGCUUGUGAUAUCUGCGUGCAUACUAGUCGACCAGAAGACUGGUCUCACUGGCGCUGCUACAUCUUUGCCAGAUUUGCUAGGCGGAGUCGAGAGACCAUUGCAGACAGCAGUUGGCGCCCUGAGGCUUCUUGACAAAGGGAAUAGAAUGGUGGAAACCUGUGCCGCAUUCUUGAAUCGCUUGGGCCAAGUUAUAAUAUCACUCGCAUCGGACUCUUCCACUGGUAUGCCGCUACAGUUACCAUUUCUAGGGAAUGACGACACCCUGUUAAACUCCUAUGGUGGGACGCAGGCCGGGAAUACAAACCUCCAGUCCCCUCUGGGCAUGGAUCUUGGCGAGUUCAUAAUGGAGAGGGAUCUAGACUUCUUGAAUUACUUUGCCGUCAAUCAGCCUCUUUCUAAUGCUAUUCCACCAGAAGGGGGUCAUGGUUAGGAAGCUUCGUUUGUCAAUUGCUCCGCACCUGCUAGUACAAAUACUUGCAGUAUUAUUUAGUUUCUUUUCAUUAGUGAAGAUGCCCAACCUCACUCUCAGCUAAAAAUAGCUUGCAUUUCAAGUGCGCAACACAUGUGUAUUAUACAGACAAUCAAUCUAACAAUGAAAUACAGUCCCAUAUAACG